AGUCGCUCACUUCAUCCAGUUAAAAGGACUUGUCUUCCUAGCAGUCUGGUUCGCGAUCGCAUACGGAAUCAUUCAGUUUUUUUAAAGGCGACCGCAGUGAAAAUGGAGGAGCUCGACAAGGAACAGAUUGCCAUUUUAAGGAAAGCCUUCGAAGCCUUCGAUCAUGAGAAGAAAGGCUGUAUCGGUACUGUGAUGGUUGGCACGAUCCUCGGCAUGCUGGGACACAACGUCACUGAUGACAUGUUGAAGGAAAUCAUCCAAGAAGUUGAUGUUGAUGGUUCCGGUGAACUGGAGUUUGAGGAGUUUGUUACAUUAGCAUCUAGAUUCAUGGUCGAGGAAGAUGCUGAGGCCAUGCAGCAAGAACUGAAAGAAGCAUUCCGAUUAUACGAUAAAGAAGGUAAUGGCUACAUCACGACUGCAGUAUUGAGGGAAAUUCUGAGGGAGCUAGACGACAAAAUCAGCGCCGAAGAACUGGACAUGAUGAUUGAAGAAAUCGAUUCCGACGGCUCGGGAACUGUUGAUUUUGAUGAAUUCAUGGAAGUCAUGACUGGCGGAGAUGACUAAGGAAUUCCGAAACAUUACACUGGAGCUUAAUUAACAACAAGCGGUCGAUUCAAAAUAAUUCAUCAAAAACAUUUUAACAUACGAUACGAAAUAUCUUGUCAAACAAUGAGUUUGUACUAAAUGUCCCACCUCAUAAUAAAAUGUUGGUUUGUUAAAAAUAAAUGCUGGAAGACAAGUAAAAAA